AUGUCGUCCGAAUUCACACCCAGGUGGAAAGCGACUGACCUACAUAACGAUGCCAUCAACUCCAUCGCUAUCAGCCCCGAUGGCAAGUACCUAUCCGCUGUCUUGUCUCUGGCUUGGACGGGGGCCCCGGACGUGUUCGUCUCUGGCACGGCGGACGGUACAUUGCUCACGGUUACUGUGUGCAUCUCUUCUGUGACAAUCUCAGGCUUCGAAGGGCACCGCAAACCCAUCGAAUGUCUGGCCGUCAAUCAGGCUCCUGUGCAGGCCGGAACCAGUCCUGUGCCAUAUAUUCUGGCUUCCGCAGCGCAUGAAUCGGUAAAAGUUUGGCCAUGGGAAGACACGGGGUGGGGAUGCGGCGAAGCUUUCCAACCGCCCCGCGCAAGCGCUUACAAUGGCGACGAGGAGCCGCUUGUAACAUCGGUUCAAUGGCUCCACAAGGACAAGCACGCUGAUAACAAGCUCGUCAUUGCCUACCUGCAUCAUGGUAUACACUGCCACCAUUACGAGAAAGGCUCCUCUAGGGUACUAUGGGUCAUACACACCCCGCUAUGUGGAGCAUGUGCGGUAUCUCCUACAGGAGAUAACCUAGUCAUCUCGAACAUAGUGAAGGGCUUUCAAGUGUACGAAUUACCUUCAGCAUCUCAUCGUAUGCAUGUGAACAUCGAGGAUAAGCCUGAUUGGCUCGUAUCGCUUCCCGUCAAAUAUGCUGUUGGUGGUGCAAUGUUAUUCCAUGGAGAUUACGGCGGCAAAGUGAGAUUCAUCGACAGCGACCAAGGGGAGCACUUCCAGACACUGUAUCACGAAGGCUGGGAUGUUAUUCAGGCACUUGCCGUCUUUGACGACAAGACAACAGAUAGAACCUUAGUUGCAUGUGGGAGUAGUAGCCCUAGUUGUGUCAACGGCAUCUGUGUCUGGGAGGCUCAUUAA